AUGAUAAUUUUUCGGUGUCUGAGAAAUCUCAAUAGAUUUGCUAGUUUUGAUGAAAUUGGAAAACUUCCAAAUGAGCUGCAAACACAUCUUGAUUGUUUAAACAACUCUAAUAACUACAAGCCUUGAAUUCGAGAAAAGCCAGUUAAAGCCUUAGCUGCACUAUACAGAGCAGCCCAAAGACUUGUUAACAUAGAAUCCAUAACUUGGACAAAACUACCUGCCGUACAAAAAGCAAUUAAAGAAAUCCCCCUGCUUACCGAUGACUAUUACUUGUGCACAGGCCCAUCCUUCCUUGGAUCCAAAAGGACUUUGCUGCGUGCUCCAUUUCAACCACAGGAAGCAGUCAAAAUCUAACCCGGAUACAUUUCCUAAGGCUGCACUUGAUUUUCGACUCCGAGUUGCUCCCAGUUCGCCGUGUCAUAAAGUCUUGACUGUUGUAUCAAGAAUUCAAAUUCGCAUUUGCCGUCAUUUUAAUGUAAAUGGUAUAUGGAAUGAACACAAUUCAAACUUUGCUGAUUCAUCUCAUCAAUUUAAAUAUUGAUGAUGAUAUCAUGUGGUCAAGCAUCGAAAAGCGUUUAAUAAAAGGCCUUGCUGACUCUAUCAACUAUGAAAACAUACAAUGCAUUGUCAGGUCAUUUGACCAAGCCGAUAAAGGUUCAGAGGAAUUUUGGAUAAACCUGAGAGAUAUCAUAAAAAAUAAAAUCUGCAAAGAAAACAAAAUGAAUGCGAAGUGCGUGGCUACUAUUGUAAAAGUUUAUGGAAGCAAGAAUUUAAUUGACGAUAAAUUUCUAGUUGCCUUAGAAGGACAAGUGUUUAGAAUAUCGAAAGACCUGUAUGGUGAAGAUUUGAGUAUUAUCAUCUAUAUGUUUGGACUUAAAAACCUAGGAAAUGAAGAACUUUUUGCAUUGUUUAAUAAACAAAUAAGAGAAAAUAAGCGUAUAAUGGAUACAAGAAGCUUAGCACAUUGUUUAGCAAGCUUUAUAAAGGUUGGACAAGGGACUGUUGAUUUGUACGAUGAUGUUGAAAAAGAAAUCAUUGAAAAUCCGCAUGGGAAACAAAUGGAAAUUGGAGAUGCAGUUGGACUAUUAUUUGCAUAUGCAAGAUAUUUACCACUGGCAGUAAAAGGUAAUGCAAAAAGACGUGAAUUUGUGGAGUGGACAAUUGGAAUGAUAAAAGCCUAUAUAAAUGAAGGAGAAAGACUUUCAGAUAUUUCUGUUGUGCAUUCGCUAUGGAGUUUAUGCAGGCUAAAUAUCCUCGAGCAGCAUGAAGAUCUAAAGAGCCAUUUGGUUACCAAUUUCAAUAGAAGGAAGCUGACAGACAAAGAAGAGUUCUCCAAAUUAACACAAGAAAUAGUUAAACAUAUAUAA